GUUAUUUUUGCAGAUUUACUAAAAUGCGCAAAGGAAAAGGUUCGAGUGUACCGAACUGUACAAUAUGUAAAAUUUCUGGGAAACAGGUUCGUGUAUCAUUACACUAUGGAGCGCACUCUUGUCAGGCCUGUUCACUUUUCUUCAGAAGACAGGCUGCAAAACAGACAAAGGAUGCUUGUGUAUCAGUGUUUGGAAACUGUUUAGAGAGUGAGGAUUCUAUGAAGAAGAACUCCUGUAAAGCUUGCAGGUUUCAAGCCUGCAAGGAUCAAGGAAUGAACCCUGAGCUUGUGGAUUGUAAAAAGAAAUGGAACCCCGAAGGAGAGUCCUCUAGACCUCGUCUCGGAGGACGUGGUCGGGUCCGGAAGCGGAAACAUUGUGUUGAGGAUGAAAAGGAAGGAGAAGAGGAUGAGCUAAGAGUGGAGGAGGACGGCCUCUCGCCAAACUUUGCCGAGGUUCUUGGAUUCUUUAUAACUGUUCCAGGAAGAGUUCCAAGAUGGAUUGAACUAAAUGAUGGAUCUAUAACAUCAGCUUUACCUCAGACCAAACUAUCUCCCUUCUCAACCUCUACCAGUCUUGCCAAAGAUCUAGAGAACGUUCUUCAAAUAGAGGUUCCUGUCGUGAAUUCAUCCAGAUUUCCUUAUUUAGUAUCUAAAGAUGUAACUCCGACACAAGUCAAGAGUGUUAUAACCUACGGAGUGAGACGGCUUUACGGAGAAAAAAUCCAGAGAACGGAACCUCUUAAUCUUUCAAAAGAGCUUUGUGAACUUGAACUUAAUGUGAUUCCUGGUGAUCGGAGACACAAAGCUAUCCCCAAACCUGAUCCUGAACCUAAACGUCUUCCUAAUUUCUCCAACCUUAUGAAACCUGUGGAGACCCAAACCAGAGAGAACUCCGAACCUAAAAUUAAUAUUCAGGAGUUCGUUGCCCAGUAUGAUUUUAAUAAUGAUAAAUUCGAUCGUAUCGUCUUCGAUCUGAAAUCAGAUCACUCAGAGAAUGGACCCGGAGAGAAGAAUGGAAUGGCUGAUUUAGUCCUGGAGAAUCAGAAGAUUUCUCCGGAAUAUAAUCUUAUCCCGGAGAGAACACCUGAGGCGUUCAAACCCUCCGGAGUUAUCAAAUUUCAAGGACGAAGGUUAAGACAGAGAACCCGGCCAUUGGUCUCUGAAACAAGCACUACAAAUGAACUUAAGUUCUCAGAUUUCUGAACCUUGAUUGUUCCGAUUUCUAAGCCCUCCCGAGAACUCCGAUUUCCUAUCCUAAAAACAAACCACAAACAGCGAUAACCAUUUCAUGAUAAAAAUUUCCCGCUAUAUAAAUAAGAAUAUCUACGAAAUCCUUGAUCAAACAAAGGUUAAAAGUGUAUCG